AUGAGCAUCGAAGACUCUUGUCUGCGUGUCCAUGAGCGACUGGUCCGUGGUUUCAUCGAGACAAGUCUGGUACCAAUUUAUCGACGUCGAGGGGAUGAAAGGCUUGGCUGGCACAGGAACGAUGUCGUCGGCGUAGCGAAGGUUCGAGAGAAAUCUUUCAUUAACACAUACGUCUCUUUCUUCCCAAGCAGUAGAUAUUGUGAGGUGUAUGAGUCGUACCGCAACGUGACGGUGCAUCGUUCGAAUGAUCAAACCAGAACGCAACGUAGCAGUUGGAUUCGAGAGGGGACGCUCGACAAGUCCAGUCAUCGCUACAGUGUAAGUGAAGCCAGCGAUGGUGUCACUUCGAUUCCAUCCGCCUCGAGCGCAGCCUUACGUAACUGCAAGGAGCGUCAGGUCGUUGAAAAUAGCGGCUGGCUGAUCUUCUCACAUACGAUGCGUCCAUACCUUGAUUCUUGA